UCCCCGCGCGACCACCCAACGGACGUAUAUAUAUAUGCCCUGCCCACACGCCCAGACGCACAAACGACGACGACGAACAACGACAACAACAACUACUUCUCUACCUGAGCAUCCUAUUGGCACGGCGCAGAUGGCGAUGGGCAAGAAGCUGAGCAAGGCUGACGGCGCGCGGUGCCGGCGGCACGGGCGGCAGGGGGCGCCCGGGGUGUGCCCGCUCUGCCUGCGGGAGCGCCUGUCCCGCCUCUCGCCGUCGGCCACGCUGCCGUCCGUCGUCGCGGGCGAGGCCUCCUCCUGCUGCUCGGGCUCGGACUCGGACUCGUCCACGGAGGCGUCGUCGUCGGCGUCGGGGUCCGCGAGCCCCGGGUUCCACCGGGAGAUCAGGCGGGCCGCGAGGCCGUCGCUGCUGAUGCGGCACGAGCGGGUGGUGGCCGUGGACGGCGACGAGGUGGUGCUGGUGAUGAGGAGGAGGAGGGAGAGGCCGGCGACGAGCUUCUGGGCCAAGCUGCUGCGCUCGGCGACGGGGGGCAAGAAGAAGGCCGUCGACGGGUGCUCGCUCGCGCACUCCAGGGCGAUUGAGGCCGCCGGCGGGACCGGCGCCGCUGCCACGAAGUGGAUCGUAUUCUAAGCUUGUUUCGUCAAAUCUAGCUAGUUCUGUCUCUUGUGCGUGACCAUUUCUUGGUUUUGGUUUCGGUCCUCUGACCCUGGACAGCGAACCUUUACAGUUUAUUAGAUCCAUCAUCUGUACAUAAUUUCAAGCAGAUUACAUAACUUGUGUUGGCUUUUGCU